AUGCAGGACGGAGCCGUCCCGUUCGUGAAGGCGGAGUACACCACCAAGUGCAUCUGGGGCCAGAAGUGUCCCGUCGUCAUGUAUAGGACGAUAUUCAAACCGAAGUACAAAGUUGGCUACAAGAGCGUGACGGAGCUGGAGUGGAGGUGCUGCCCUGGCUCCUCUGGGGAGGGCUGCUCGGAGGGUCCCUCCUCAGAACCUGGAGCUGCAAAUCCUCCGUUCAAAGCUCUACCCUAUCGUCCCGGGAUGAAAGGCUUCCCCCACGGCCCUCGACCUCCAGUGGACCACACACCAGGAGAGGGCCACAUAGAACCAGGCCGACCCGUCCCCAAUGUGCCCGAUGCCAGACCGAUACCAUCAGGACACCUGCCAGCUGGCACUGGGAGACCCUUUGGGAACACCUUUGUGGCGUCCGGAGUGACGGGAGAGCGGCUGGACCGGAUGGAAGCCGACCUGCGGCGCCUUUCCCUGACACUGGACUCUCUGAGCGGAGCCGUGGUGGGACUGGAGCAGAGGCUGAGGACUUCACUGAGAGAGGAUACCAACAAGAUGCUGGUGUCGCUGCUGCCGAACCGACGGCACGACUCCAGCGUGGGCUUUGGAGUUCUGCCAGAUGGAAGUCCGGACGGUCUGGAGGGACAAGAGAGCUUCAAUGGGUUUGGGGAUCUGGCAGGAAGAGUGACAGAAGUGAGGGACGAGCUGAGGGCCAAGACGCACAUCAUAGAGGAGAUCCAGGGCAUGGUUCUUGGUCACGAUGGGCAGCUGAAGAAGCUCCUAGACAGCCCUAGGGGUCGGCCCAUCGCGGGCUCUCAGCUGAACGUAGAGGAGCUCUUGAACCAGAAGCUCGCCGGUGUGCGCAGUGAGAUCCUGGACGGCUUUGAGCGGCGGCUGAACGGCAUGGAGUCCCACUGUGACCAGAUGGUGAGCGCAGUGCAGCAACAGUGCCACCGUGACCACAUGAACGGCCAGGAGCAGAUGCAGCAGUCUCUGGACGGACGGGAGACCGGGCUGAGGAAGGAGCUGGGUACUCUGCAGGCCCAGAUCCAAGGACUCACUCUCACUGAGAGCUGCUGCGGACAGGUGAACAGCCUCUCCCAGCGCAUGCUUCUGCUGGAGGACUCUGUGAAAGGCCUGACGGAGUCCCAGAGACAGCUGCAGACAGCUCUGGUGGAUCAGAACAUCGAGGUGGAGACUCUGAUCGAGACACGCCUCCUGGACCUCGAGAAUCGUCUCAACUCCACCUCAGACACUGACAAUCCCGCAUCCAGAUUCCCUUCUGAUCUGGACGGCUUCAAGACCCUACUGGAGGACAAGCUGAAGACUCUGGAGGAGAGAGUGUUUGUGGCAGUAGAGGAGCUGAGCAACGCCACCUCCCCGGCUCUACUGGAGGGUCAGGUCAUCCCGGCUUUGGAGAUCGAAUCGGUCAAAAGGCGAAUGGAAGACGAUCUGGGAGGCAUCCAAAAACAGCUCAUAGACUUGGAGCUACUUUGCACCUCGUCUUGUGCUCCGUCUACCCCGCCAGCAGAGGGCAUCAACGGAAAGGUGGUGGGAGACUGCGAGGAUGUGGAGAAGAGAAUGAAUGGUAGAUUAGACACUCAAUCCAACCAACUGGAUAAGCUAAACAACUCCUUGAAUCACUUGCUUUUCAAGAUUGCACAGGAAGAGCUGGAAGGAUCGGUGAGUGGCGAAAUCACGCUGCUUAAAGUGAACAUUCAUUCCGUGAACAAGACUUUGAAAGGUCUCAAAGACUCCAUACACUUCAUUGUAAGUGAGGUCGGACACGCUAAUGCCACCUGGGAGCAGAGGGAGCACCAGCUAGUCAACCAGGUCCAAGGGAUCUCCAAAAUAGUGGGUCACCAAGCUUCACUGUUGGGUGCUGGGGAGAGGAGACUUGCCCAUCUGAAGGGAGAGCUGGUGGCGCUUAAAAGACGUCUAUCGGGGGAGCUCCAGGGCUGCAAAAGCACAGCGUUGGAGGCCAAGAAGGGGGUCAAAGAUGUGGACAGUAGGGUGAGCCAGGUGGAAGGCCAGUGCAGUGGUUUGGGAGAGCUUGCAGAGCAUUUGGAGCAAAUCCGGGCUGAACUGGAGAGGCAUUCGGAAUCCUAUCUUGACCAAGUGAACGGCACUCUCACGGUGCAUUCGGAACAACUGGCAGAACUCAAAGACGAGGUCAAGGACUGUAUCGCGAAAGAAGCCGCGACUGGAUAA